AUGGUGAAAUCUUAUUUGAGAUAUAUCAAGGAAGAUUCCUUUGGCAUAUUUUCCUCACCAUAUUGCAAAUCCAUAGAAUUCUUUGGACCUGAUCACAUCUUAACCAGCACAAUCGACUAUGUAUAUUUGUACAACUAUAAAUUAAAUGAAGUGAAAACAAAGUUCUUGCCCAAGCCAGACAAUAAUUACAAUAUUUCUACUGUUACCACCUUCCAAUUGGUUAAACACCACCCUAGCGUAAAUAGGUUUUCUCGCAAUUUCAAUGAUAGUUCAAGCCAUGGACAUACGUCCGAUGAGAUAAAUUAUGUGUUCGUCGGAUAUUACGAUGGACUAAUAAGAAGAUUUUGUAUAAAUAGUAAGAUAAAUGACGGAAACCCAGUUAACGAUGAUCAUAUCUUGAUCGGACAUAAAUCAAGAAUCACAGUUUUAAAAGAUACAGGGAAUAUGAUAUUCUCCGGCAGCAACGAUAACAAUUUAUUUGUAUGGGAUGUAUACAACUGCCAGUUAUUAUACAAGCUACUGGGACACACAAAUCCCAUAGUUAACGUGUUACCAAUAUCUGAAGACCAUGUAGUAACAACCUGCAACAAUGUAAUGAAAGUCUGGGACUUACACAAUCAAUCGCCAAUAAACACAACCAUAGAGCCAUUACUAUUAUAUAACAAAGCUAUAUAUUUCAAUGUAGGUUUUAUACUGAAACCAAUAUUAAAAAUGCUGUUUAUAAGUUUCACCAAUAACAAUGUAAUAAAAUGCUGUAAAAUUAACGAAUCGAACGAAGUUGAGUUACUUUUUAGUGUAAAAACUAAGUAUACGAACGAUAAAUGCGUUUCAGUAGAUUAUAUGGAGUUUGGAGAAACGGUGUUGUUGCUAGUUGUUUUCCAGAAGUGCAUUUACGUGUAUAAGCUGCUGAACAGCAAUGAAAUGACACAAAAGAGAAAAAAGAGGAUAAGAAGACUAAAACAAAACAUUAAAGCUAAGAUUAAUAAACUGUUAAAAAUUUUGAGAAUGGUUAACCAUAAUACGACAUAUGAAGAAGAUAACGAGUCUGAUGACCUGAAUAGUUUAAAAUCCAAGUAUAAUCACCUCAAAAAUUUAUUAUCAAACAACUUAAGUGGUGAUAAAGGAAUGACAAAUGAUGACACACAAGAUAAUAAUGUGGAUUCAGAAACUAAUAACCAAACAGAUAAUACAUCUGAACCAGUAGAUACUACAAUGGCUGAUGAGGAAGUUGAUGAGGAAGGAGUAGCAGAGGAAGAUUACUAUAAGUUGUUACACAUACACAAUAUAAAGGAAACAGUAAAGAGCAUAAAGGUUAAUAACAGAAGUAUAAUUACUCUAAAUACGAAUAAUACUGUCUCAUUAAGUAGAGUAUCUCUUGAAGACGACGUUGUAACCGUUGAUUUAUUGUAUGAAAUGAACAUGUAUCACUUAAAUAACAUAAAUUUGGUCCGGAUAUCCUCUAACAAUAAGAUAUUGCUAACAUUUUCAAAUGAUAAGCUGAUUUUGUGGAACAUAAAUACUAAUAAUAUCAUCAAAACAUUGAACCUGACCAAUAUUAAUAGUUCCAGUAACACAAGCUGUAUCAGACCAGCGACUAGUGAAACUAGCACAGAUCAUGACGAUGGUAUGGAGUUGUCAAAUGGAGCAAUAUUAGAAAAUUGCACAAUUAUCAAUGUUAUUUUUAUCAACAAUGAGAAUCUAUUGGUGGUAACUAGUGAUAAUAUGCUGUAUAAGUUUAAUAUAAACACAAUGUUGGCUAGCAUGUUAAAUUUAAAAAUGGACGAGGAUUUCAUCUCAAUGCUCGGCACAAACAACACAAUUAAAAAUGUAUACAUACAUAACGAUGAAUUGGUCCUGAUAUAUAAGUAUAAUUUCAUAGUCAAGUAUAAAAACGACUUCCAGUAUGUUAACUUACAACACCAAAUUCAUCACUCACUAAUUGACGCCAUGCAUAAAUACAUGUACUUGAGUGUCGAUAAUAAUGUGGUCAUCUACUACUACGAUACCAUGAGGAAGCACCUCAUGUUGUACGGGCAUAGUUUGCUAGUGACGAGCUUGGAUGCGACGUCUGACGUUCAAAUGUUGGCAACGUCAUCUUUGGAUAAAACUAUAAAGUUGUGGUCCAUAAAAUAUGGCAACAUUCUUAAAACCAUCACCAACACUUCGCUAAUUACCCAAGUUAAGUUUAUUAACAUGACCCACUACCUUAUUUUUGUUAAUGCGAAUAUGGUGCUGAAGAUUUAUGACUGCGACAGGCACUUGAUGAUAACUGAAAUCAACGACUUCAACCUCACCAUCAACAAUAUAGCACUAACAGACUACAACCAAUAUUUAUUCCUAACAAGCAAUAAUUCGAGCUGUAUUAUAAAGUACAAACUGUCAGAUGACAUAAUAUACGUUGAGGAAGAGACUGAAAAGAUCGAGAAUAUAAAAACAUUCGGAAACUUAAACUAUAACUUAAACCUGCUGGAAGAGGAAACUACGGAAAACGGAAUCUCUCAGAAUAAUAUUAAUAUCGGAGGAAUCACAUACGAGGGUAUGGGCUAUAACACGAAUAUUAUGCUCUACAACGUACUGAAUAAUAUCAACCACAACUUGAUGGAAUUUAUCACGAAUUUACUUGAACACUCAGAUUCAGUGGAUUGUUACAUGUUAAAUGCCGAAAUACUUCUAUACGUUUCCAUCGUCAUAUUACAGAUUAAUCUCAAAUACUAUUUAUUAAAUAAUAUCAAUGUUUAUAAACUGAAGAAAUUGGUAAAUAAAAAAAUGAAUAGCUACCAGGACUUAAUCCUGUAUAAUAAAAGCGGCCUACAGCAUAUUAAAAAUAUUAUCACAAAUAAUGAAAAGGAAAUCAAAAAAAGAUUAAUUUAA